AUGUCUCAAGGAGUACAGGAAGUCGAUAGCUGUGAUGCUGAAACCAGGACCAGGUGUGCUUCUCCGUCUCAUUCCCAGACCGAGUUCAUUAGUGGAAUUGUGGAAGGAUUCUAUGGGAGACCAUGGACAUUCGAUCAGAGAAAGCAUCUGUUCGCGAGGCUCAAUCGGCUUGGAUUAAACACGUAUGUUUAUGCGCCAAAAGAUGAUCUCAAACAUCGUCCGCAAUGGAGGGUUCCAUACAAUAGCGAGGAAGCAGACAUCCUUCGAAGUCUUAUCGAAUCAGCUAGAGCAAACAACAUCAAAUUCGUUCGCAUGCUCGGGUGCGAAUCGUUUGCUCUCCUCUUCGAUGACAUCGAGUGUGAAAUGAAUGAAGCGGAUAGGAAAUGCUUUACUUCCUUUGUUGCAGCCCAGGUAGCGGUCACAAACGAGGUUUACGAGUACUUAGGACGUCCUCAAUUCUUCUUUUGUCCUACAGAAUAUUGUGAAAGUCGAGCAGUGCCAUCACUUGAGCACUCUGAGUAUCUAGCGACUUUAGGAGAAGAACUCAUCACUGAUGUACAUAUUUUAUGGACAGGCCCUCGUGUGAUUUCUCGCCAUAUUACUGUUGAACAUAUUCGAAAUGUUUCCAAAGUUCUUCGUCGCAGACCACUUAUUUGGGACAAUCUCCAUGCAAACGACUACGACCAAAAACGAGUUUUCAUGGGUGAAUUUUCAGGCCGACCAGUAGCUCUCAAAAAAGAAACUGUAGGGAUAUUGAUGAAUCCGAGUUGCAAAUACGAGUUGAACUUUGUCCCGUUGCUCACUUUUGCCGACUGGAACGCUAGCAGUAGUGAUUGCUUGGCCGGUCAG